AUGGAUGCGUACCAGGAGUUUCUAGACCCCUCCCGAAUCGGUUGCUGUAUUGGGUGCAACUUCAUAUCCCCUACUAAAAAACACUUGGUGGUGGCAAAGAGCUCUUUAUUACAAAUAUUUGAAACUAUACUUUUGAAACUGUCGACACCUACAAAACCUCAGUAUCAAUUGAAACUCGUUGAGCAGUUUAAACUUCAAGGAACUGUAACAGGAUUGAAACCGUUACGUACAUCUGAGAAUCCUCAGCUAGACUAUAUUAUUGUUUCUACAAAGUAUGCAAAAUUUUCAAUAAUCAAAUGGAACCAUCAAUUGCAUAGUAUAUCAACUGUUUCGUUGCAUUAUUAUGAGAACUGCAUUCAACAUUCAACAUUCGAGAAGUUGGCAAUCUCAGACUUGAUAGUGGAACCAACUUACAGUUCGGUAUCAUGUCUUCGAUAUAAGAACCUUUUGUGUUUUUUGCCGUUUGAGGGUGUCAAUGAUCACGAUGAUGAUGAUGAUGAUGAUGAUGAUGACGACGACACUGACGACGAAAAAGGUGUGGCCGAAAAUGUAGCUGGAGUCGAUAAGCUGAACGGUGCUUCUAACGAUAACCAACCAUUCUACGACUCGAGCUUCAUCAUAGAUGCAGGCACUCUUGAAUCUUCUGUUGACUCUGUUCUUGAUUUGCAAUUUCUUCACCACUAUCAAGAGACUACAAUUGCUAUAUUGUCAUCAAAGUCGAACUCAUGGGCAGGAAACUUGAUCAAAAAUAAAGAUAACGUUCAAUUUCAAGUGAUGACUUUAGACAUUCAAUCGAAAUCAACCUUGCCGGUAUUCACCAUUGACAAUUUACCUUACGACAUAGAUAGAAUCAUUCCGUUAUCUAAACCACUAAACGGAUGUCUCUUGCUUGGAUGUAAUGAAAUAAUUCAUGUGGAUAAUGGAGGUAUUGCAAAGCGAAUCGCGGUCAAUGCUUUCACAUCAUUGAUAACGGCCUCAGUGAAAAGCUAUCAAGAUGAAAGUGAAUUGAAUUUAAAAUUGGAAGAUUGUUCAAUUGUACCCAUUCCCGAAGAUCAUCGAGUUUUGCUUAUACUAGCCACUGGUGAAUUUUACUUUUUAAACUUUGAACUUGAUGGGAAGUCCAUCAAGCGAAUCCAUCUUGAAGCAGUAGAACAGAAGGCGUACGAUGCAAUAAAGUUGACAUAUUCAGGAGAGGUUGCGACAUUGGAUAACAAUUUGCUAUUCUUUGCCAACAUGAAUGGUGAUAGCCCGUUGGUAGAGAUAAAGUAUUCGAGCUCGGCAAAAGUUGUUGAAAAGCAGGUACUCGACAAAAAGGAGGAAGAUUCAGAUGAGGAAGAUCUUUACAAUGAAGAUGAAGAAGGGGAAGAGCAAAAGGUUAUGAGAAAGUCUCACAUUGAAUUUAAAUUGCAUGAUCUGCUUAUCAACAAUGGUCCCGUCUCAUCCUUCACCUUAGGAUUGUGCUCGAAAGAAAAAUUUAAAUCGAAUUUACCAAAUCCAAACUACAAUGAAGUGUCAAUCAUCAGUAACUCUGGAAGCAAUGAUCAAUCAGCUCUCAAUGUUAUUGUACCCACUAUUCAACCACAAAUAUCAUCUUCCUUAACAUUCUCCCAAGUCAACCGUAUGUGGAAUUUGAAUCAAAAAUAUCUCAUUACGUCUGAUGACAAGAAUGAAAAGUCAGAGAUUUUUCAAAUCGAAAGAUCGUACAAAAGGAUGAAGUCCAAAGAUUUUGUCAACAAUGAGUUGACUAUAAAUGUUCAUGAGUUGAACAAUGGGAAAUACAUCCUUCAAAUUACUCCAAAACAAAUCAUUCUAUUCGACACCAAGUUCAAGAAAAAGUUAUCACUUACUGAAGAGAUCAAGGAGGAUGAGAUAUUGAGUAGCACUUUGCGUGACGAAUUGUUGAUGAUUUUUCUCGCCAGUGGUGACGUCAUGAUAUUCUCCAUCAAUACGUACAAUGAAUCUUACUCAAAAGUGAAGAUUCCGAAACUUUUAGAGGACACCAUUAUCACCACAGGAUACAUCACAAGCUCGCAUUUGUUGAAUGCAGUGCUGAAAAAUAUAGAUCUUUUGACAAACUCAAGAAAGAGGCGUCACAGCUCGAUCCAACCUGCAACACCAAUCAAUGUGGAACCACCCAAAACUACAAAGCAAAAGAUUUUUGUUUUGGUCACUGGUGACAACAGAAUUGUGGCAUUUAACAGACAUCACAAUGAGAAAUGUUUCCAAUUGGAUACUGUUGGCAAAUUUAGUGAUAUUUUGCUGUUAAAUUUCUUUGAUAUAGAGCAAUCACCACCAGAUCCAUUCAUCAAGCAGGUGAUUUUGAACGAAUUGGGAGACAAGUACCACAAGGAGGAGUAUCUCACAAUAUUGACGAUUGGUGGUGAAGUGUGGAUGUACAAGUUAUUUUAUGAUGGUGAAAACUAUUUUUUCAAGAAGGAAAAAGAUUUGAAAAUCACAGGUGCACCUGAAAAUGCAUUCAAUUUAGGAACAAUGGUUGAAAGAAGAUUGGUGUAUUUUCCAAAUUUAAAUGGUUACACGACAAUUUUCGUCACGGGUGUAAUUCCGUUUCUCAUAAUCAAGUCUUGUCAUUCCAUUCCUCGGAUAUACCAAUUUUCCAAAAUACCAGCAGUAUCUGUAUCGGCAUUUUCUGAUUCUAAAAUCAAGAAUGGACUUAUAUUUCUCGACAAUAAUCAAAAUGCUCGUAUAUGCGAGUUGUCAUGGGACUAUAGUUAUGAGUUUAAUUUGCCGAUUAGAAAGGUACAUAUAGGCGAACUGAUCAAAUCUGUCGCCUAUCAUGAACAAUCAGACACUGUGGUUAUAUCUACUUUCAAAGAAAUUCCGUACGACUGCGUUGAUGAAGAAGGUAAGCCAAUUGCUGGUGCUCUCAAAGAUAAACCUCCUGCGACCUCAUUCAAAGGGUCUAUCAAAUUGGUAUCUCCUUAUAAUUGGAAAGUCAUUGAUACAGUAGAGUUACUGGAUAAUGAAGUUGGUAUGUCAAUAAAAUCGAUGGUUCUUGACGUCGGGUCAUCGCUAAAAAAGUUUAAGACCAAGCGAGAAUACAUUGUUAUUGGAACAAGCAAAUUGAGAAUGGAAGAUCUUGCGGCCAAUGGAUCAUUCAAAAUCUAUGACAUUAUUGAUAUUAUUCCAGAACCUGGUAAACCAGAAACUAACCACAAGUUCAAGGAGAUUUUCCAGGAAGAUACAAAAGGAGCAGUGACUAGUAUUUGUGAUCUAAGUGGAAGAUUCUUAGUUGGUCAAGGUCAAAAAGUGAUUGUUAGGGAUUUGGAGGAUGAUGGUGUUGUUCCUGUUGCCUUUUUAGACACACCGGUUUAUGUUUCAGAGGCAAAGAGCUUUGGGAAUAUUUUUCUCUUGGGUGAUGCUUUGAAAAGCAUUUGGCUUGUUGGAUUUGAAGCUGACCCAUUCAGAAUGGUUAUGCUUGGUAAGGAUCGACAACAUCUACAUGUUGAAUGUGCUGAUUUCAUCGUCAAGGAUGAGGAAAUUUUCAUUUUGGUGGCAGAUAUAAAUAAUGGCUUACAUUUGAUACAAUUUGACCCUGAUGAUCCCAAAUCAAUUAAUGGUACAAUCUUGGUCAACAAGGCGUCAUUUGAAACUAAUUCGCAAACGACUUGUUUGCGGUCGGUACCCAAAGAUGAAGCGGGCGAUUAUCAGACAAUUGGGUCAACCAUAGACGGUGCAUUUUUCAACGUAUUCCCUGUCAAUGAAUCAACUUAUAGACGAAUGUAUAUUGUUCAGCAACAAAUUUCCGAUAAGGAGUUUCAUCAUUGUGGAUUGAAUCCAAGGUUGAAUCGAUUUGGUGGUGCUAUACAGAUUAGAGAUAGUGAUACCAAUGCUAAGCCUAUUUUAGACUAUAAUUUGAUUCGGGAGUUUGCUAAAUUAAAUCUUGAUAGACAACGGAAUAUUGCUACAAAGAUAAACAUCAAAGGUCUGGCUCAUGACAUAUGGAAAGAUUUGAUUGAGCUUGAGUAUUCGUUGGAGGAUUUUUGA